AUGGAAGCUGCAGGUACUGCUAUUACUUGGGCAGUGUUUCGGGCUGAGUUUCUAGAAAAGUACUUUCCAGAAGAUGCUCGUAGCAAGAGGGAGAUUGAGUUCCUAGAAUUGAAGCAGGGGAAUAUGAUUGUCGAUGAGUAUGCUGCUCGAUUCGAGGAAUUGGUGAAGUAUUGUUCUCAUCACGAUACCAAUGAGGCUAUGAAUUCCAAGUGCAUCAAGUCUGAGAACGGGUUGCGUCACGAGAUCAAACAGGGUAUUGCUUGUCAGAAGAUAAGGAACUAUCUAGAACUGGUGAGCAGAAGCCGAAUUUAUGACAAUGACAACAGAGCCAGGAUUGCACAUUACAAAGCUGUGAAUGAUCGGAAGGGCAAUCAGAAUCGGGGGAAACCGUAUAGUGCUUAUGCAGACAAGGGAAAGCAUAAGGCUGCUUUUGGAAAGAAGCCAAGUGGGGGAGGAUUUGCUUCCAAUCCCAUUAUUUGCUUCAAGUGUGGUACUGAGGGACACCGUUCUAAUGAGUGUCAGAAGGAUGUUAAGAAGUGCUUCAAGUGUGGGAAAGCAGGUCAUAUGGUGGCAGAUUGUAGAACUAAGGUGCCUACAUGCUACAACUGUGGUGAGGAAGGUCAUAUCAGCACUCAUUGUCAGAAGCCAAAGAAGACUCAAGGUAAUGGCAAGGUGUUUGCAUUGAUAUUAGGACUUGUGCCGUCUACUUUAGAUCGGAAGAUGACUAUUGAAACUCCAUCUAUUGGUUAUGUGGUUACUUCUUUAGCAUGCUUGAAUUGUCCAUUGACUAUCUUUGAUAGGGAUUUUGGAGUGGACUUGAUUUGUUUGCCACUCAAUAAUCUAGACGUUAUUUUGGGAAUGAACUGGUUAGAGUUCAAUCAUGUGUAUAUUGACUGCUUUAGGAAGAGGUUGUUGUUCCUUACUCCUGAAGAGGAAGCGUUGGCGGAUUCGUUAUCUACCAAGGAGAUGAGGAUAUUGUUGGAGGAUGAAGCUAAGAUGUUUGUUGUGUUUGCUUCACUAUCUGUUGAGGGCAAAACAUAA